AUGGUGGAGAUAGGAGCUGAAGUGUACCAGGACCUCUACGACGCGGCAGAGUUCACAGGCCUCACCCUCCUAACCAACAAGCGAUUCGCCCGCCAACCCCGCCACAGGGACGCCGCGAUCGUGGGCUACGGCCUCGGCGUCUGCAAGUCUUCCACCUGCCCCCGAGAAUGCGUGGCCGAGGAGCACGGGAUGCCGGAGCGCAGCGCCCUCUCUAUCCUCUUCACCCGCGCCGUGCUAUCCAUCGAGUGUAGCGGCAGAAGGAAAAUCGCGGAAACGCACAUCCCGUACUGGCAGCAGCAUCCCAGCAACUUCCAUGACGAUCUCGGGCUCGAGGCGUAUGAGAGGCUGACCUGGGGUCCGGACUCUAGGAGACUGUUUUGGGCGAGGGUCAGGUACGCGGUUGAUGAGGCGGCUGUGUCACGCUGUUACUCGCACAACGUGACUGACGUCCUGUUGUUUGGGGAGGCGGCGGAUAACGAGAUGUUAAAGAAGGUGGCGCUUGAGGCUGCGAUGGCGAGGCGAGGGGAGCAGGUAGAGGAGCCGAGGUUCUGGUUGAAAGAGGGUGAUGAGAGGUUGUUUGUUGCUAGUAUGGGUGCGGCGGAGAUGGCCGUGAGAAUUUUGGCGGAACACGCGCCUUGUGAGGGUUGA